AUGCUUAAGUCUCCAGAUUUACAACUUAGGGAAAUGUCAACUUUUUCACUUGGGAGGACUCACACAAUCAAGCUGGCAUUGCUUACAAUGCCAGCUAUAGAGCCCCUCCUUAAUCUUCUUGCCACUAAGAACGCUUCUGUCGAACACAAUGCAACUUUUGCUCUUUAUGCUCUUGCUGAUAAUGAGGAUGGACAUUUCAGUGUUCUAGUAUCCUACUCAAAGUGUGUAGCAAAGAUGUUAAAAAGAUUGGAAGAGAAGAUUGAAGGGCGAGUAUUGAAGCAAAUGUUGAAUCUUAUGCGAAAUGGGAAAAAGAGUGUUCAAAAACGUGUAGCUCUUGCUCUUGUACAAAAGAGUGUUCAAAAAGGUGUAGCUCUUGCACAUUUAUGUUCUGCGGAUGACCGUAAAACUAUUUUCAUUGACAAUAAUGGAUUAGAGUUGCUGUUGGAUCAUCUUGAAUCUACAAACAAAAAGCAGAAGCGUGAAGCCUCUGCAGCGCUUCACGCAAUGGCUACCAAAGGAAUAAGAUAUUUGUUCGACCUUUACACCUUAAUUUACUUGGAUGAGCAAUAUGUAAACAACCCAGUACUUUCUGAUGUCACAUUCAUAGUUGAAUGGAAAAUGGAAAUUUUUGUUUGGCCUCUUCUUGAUUACAGGCUUUUGAGUUAG